UACAAGAAUGGCGCCUAUCGUGUUUGUUGCAAUUGCGGGAUGGCAAUCAGUUAUGUUAUGCCUGUUGUUCGCAUGUAUAUACGUUGGUAGCUUGUAUAUUUGGACAGACGCUUUACAUAAAAACAGAGAUGAUCCAGUGACAAUCAAGAGAAGAUUUAUGAGUGUCGGUGUUAUAUCUGUGAUCAUUCCAUUGUUAUUAAGGUGCUUUGGAACAUAUUCUGAGAAUGAAGAGGCCCAUGACCUGGUGGUGUGGCUGGGCAUUAGGUUCCAUGGAUUCCUUCCAGCACUACUGUUUCCAUUAGUUCUGACAAUGGUCCUUUUCCUGGGCCCGCUAGGACUUCAUUAUAUGGACGGAGUUUUCCGAAUCUAUCUUGAACCGAGGUACUGGACCAAUAGUUUGAAGAACUUAACCUGGAUCAGGAAUCAUAUUGUGGCACCUUUUUCAGAGGAGUUCAUCUUCAGAGCGUGCAUGUUACCAUUAUUAGUUCCUAGCUUUGGUGAAGGAUAUUCAGUUUUCAUCUGUCCACUUUUCUUUGGAGUUGCACAUAUACAUCACAUGAUUGACAGAGUUAUACAAGGCCAUCAGCCAGUAGGGGAUGCAGUCAAACAAACAGUCUUUCAGAUGUUUUAUACAACCAUGUUUGGAGCAUAUUCCGCUUUUCUAUUCUUAAGAACAGGUCACCUGAUAGCACCAGUGAUAGCCCAUGCAUUCUGUAAUCACAUGGGAUUCCCGUCCUUCAAAGAAGCCCUCAGCUACCCAAAGCCAACGCGUUCCAAACUUGUCGCCUGUUUUGUUGCCGGACUUUUAUCGUGGAUAGCCCUAGUGUUUCCUGUCACCUCACCAUUCUUGUAUGCCAAUGAUGUCUACAACUUGUAAUUUCUACUACGAUAUUUCAGUAUGUCAAUGAGGCAUUUUUGUAUGUUAAUUCUCAAAACUCAUUUCAUAUCUGUUUGUGCUAGACUGAAGAGAGGGAAUGCAUGGUCAGAAAUAUGUUUAAAUGAAACGGUUUUUGCAAGUAGUAUUUUUUUCUCUACUUUGAUAAUGAAACUUUUGGGCACUUUGGCACUAGAUAUUUUCCAUACAUUAUACUUGUAGUUACUAGUAUGUGGUAAUUGCUUUUUGAUUGUAUUUGUUUAAGAAUUUAUCAAUAGGUGGAAGCUAGCAUAACCAUAGGCAGACCAAAUACAGAUUAACAUUUGAUAAUCUUAAAAAGAUUAUAAUUUGCACAUCCCCAACUUGAAAUUUUAUUUAAGUACAAAAAACUGCACAAAUUAUAAGGGUUUUUACUGUAUUUGAUAUUAAUUGGAAUUUUUGUCUAUUAAAAUCAUCCAAGAGCUGCCUGGUUAUACAAUAUUUUUUGGUAAAUGUUGCAUUUUAGGAUUUUAUUAUUUCAAUAUCAUUUGUAAUAUUUUUUUUCUGGAAUGGGAUAAAAACAUUACAUGAAAAUUUAUCAUGAAUGGGAUAAAAUAUAGCAUGAAAAUUGAUCAUGAGUUUGAUAAAAUAUAUAAGCAUAAAAAUUGCCUCAAAUUAACAUUAAAGUUUCAACUAAGAUGAAUGUUUAAAAAACAAUAUACCAGGUAAUAGAUUUGAAAACAUUGUCAUAUCAUCAUAUUAUUUAUUUCACCAUUCAAAUCUUUCUUAGAUAUUGAGCUCUUGUUAAAACUUGCUUUAUAACAUCUCAAUAUUGUUUUGCAUGGUAGACCAGCUUUACUCCAGAACAACUUCCCUCUAUCUGUGAGUUAAUACUGGUAGAUACUUUCAUUUAGAACCAAUAAAAGAAAAAAGAUCAUUUGAUUACAGAAGUAGUACACAGGCUUUAAUGAGUAUAAAAUUUAGAUUUUCAUCACAAUACUGCAACAUAAAUUAAUUAGAGAUGGCUGUUAUUUAAAGGAAUUUACCUGCCAUUCAAUGUGAUGUCAUAAUCGUAGCAAUGGAAAGAUCAUCAAAAAGUCUGUUCAAUAUAUAAAUAAAAAACUUACUUUUGGUUUUAAAUUAAAUCAAGUUGGAAUCAUAAGAAAACAAAUAUGAAUUAUAUUGACUAGUAGUACAAUAUGCUGUUUGUCUGCAAAGCUCUUGUCUUUUGAGAACUAUAAAUACCAUAGCAAGCAGUUGCAAGCUUUAUUGAACUUGGAUAGUAGUAAUAAUAAUAAGAAGAAAAAGUGUCAAGAUUUGCAAGGUGCAGACCAACAUACCUUAGAUAAGAUACAAUACAAUAUGUUGCAAAUCUAUUGUUGUCCAUUAAAAAUACAUUGCUGAUGUUGAAUUACAGUAUAUUUUGUUCUGCCAUUUUACAUAUUAUAUAUGAAACAAUUGAUUUUGAUGGUGCUGACUUUCAUAAUCUGCUUUGCAUGAGUAAAUCAGUUGUUAAAAUUAUUUCUUGUACUUUCGAUAAGGGUGCCACUAUAUGACAACUGUGUAAAAGUAUAUCUGGCAAUCAAGCAGUCUUUUGAAAUAUGUUAUGGAGUAAAUUAAUCAAGUUGUUUAUGAAAAUUGUUUAUAGUACUUUUGUACUAGACAUGAUAUGACCAAGAGUGACAUGAUUACCACUGAACGGUAGAUCAACACUGUCAAUGUCCGAAAUCUAUUUGUUUGAUCCUGUUUUUAUUGGUUUCUUUACAUGAGGGAAGAAUUUGCCUUAAUUUAAACAAUGCAUUCCCUAUGGGGAAAAUUAUGGUUGGUUAUGUUGCACCAUUUAUGGCAUGAUGUUUUGAGACGGAACAAAAAUGUAGAUUUCCAAGAAUAUAGUAUAAACAUCAGCAGGAUACCAUGAUAUGAAGACAUAAGUAUGAGAAUACCACAAUACAAAAUUAUCAAAUACUUCAUUGUUUGCUAUUGAAAAACAUAUUUUCUAACUUUUAACUUUGAUAUUGAACUACAAUUAGGAAUAAUUUGAAGCCAGAGUUUGGGAUACCAUUGUUAAAGCCAACCAAAUAUUAAUGUAUGGAACAAGGUCAUCCUCAAAAUUUUGGAAACACUAUUAAGUUUAAAGGCUUAUCUAAUUGUAAUGAUCUGACAUAACUUGUUCAAGCAUUUCUGAAAGGAUUAAACUCCUCUAGAAUAUUUCCAAGUUAUGAAGAGGAAACUUUUUUUUUCUCUGAUUUGUGAGACUUUAUAAGUAAUUAAACUUCAUGGCAGAGUAUUGAGCAAUCAUUUACAGACAGCUACAAACUUUGGUAUUUAGAAAGCAAGUUUUCUAAGAGAACUAAAAGUCCAGUCUAAUCCAUAUUUUCUAUUAAUCAAGGUUAUUCUUCUGUUAGGAUUGUAUUAUUUUAUGCUGGUUCAUAGGGUGUACCGGUAUGUUGUUUCUAGUAUUUAUUUUUAGUGCUGGUGUUUGCUAUAUUGGUAUAAAAUGCUUCACUUUAAUAUACAUGUAUUUGCUUGUAUGCAAUGUGUUUCAUACAGUGUACAUAUUCUUGUAUGUUUUAUUAAUAUUAAGUUUCAUUUGAAAAAUGAGAAAAAAAAGAAAAAAUUAAGUUAAAUGUAUAUAAUACAUAAGACCAUGACAUACACCUACCAGAUACUGUGUUUUCCGUACAAACUGUUUAUGACUUCUGGUGCAUUAAGGUUAGCAAUAUGCAAUGAAUUAAAUAUUUCUAAUAAUACAAUUUUUCCUUAUGAAGAAAUGAAUCAGAUGUACAUUGGAUUAUCCCAUAAACUAUUCUUCAUACCGCUGUUGUUAUAUCUUUAAAACUACUGAUCAGGAAUGAUUUUGACAAUAUAUAAGGAGCAUAUUAUAAGUAAAUGUACCAUGUAAUUGUCAAUGAAUAUUCAUGAUGGCUACUUAGGGCCUCUUGUUGAAUUUUGACAUGACUAUUAUCAAAAACUACUUAUAUAGAAGAUAUCACAUAAUGCUAUUCUAGUCAGUAGACAUCAGUAUUUAGUGGAACAAUACUUUAUACAUCCUUCAAUGGUGGACCUGAAAUCUAUAGGCAUCAGCAUUCAUUUAUCAUAACAAUAUCAUCACCUUAGAGUUUUCAUCCUACAUUGUAGUUAGGACAUUAGGUCAAUUUAGUGUAAAGUUUUCUUUCAAUACUCAGGGGUGUACAUUUUUUUCUGAAAAAAAAAUUGAAAUCCGGAUUUUGCAGUUAGAAAAUUGUAGUUAAAUAUGGAAAGUAUUCAUAUAAUAAUAAUUGGAUACAUUUGCUUGAUUUUAGGUUUGACUAGUUUAGCCCUCCUUAGAUUUAACCCAAGGGGACCUGAGAAUUGUCUUUCAUUGCAACUGCUGAACUAUUAGAUGGAUGACAAAUCAAAUUGACACAUGUCAGGGUGAUUUAUGUCACAAUAUGAAAUAUAAAUUAUAGCAACAGUAAAACUUCAAUGCCUCUGUUGGUUCUUAUAAACUCAGGACAGCUGACUUACCUGUCUUAGACUACUGAAUAAGAAUGAGGUAAGAAAUUCUCCAUAGCUGAGUCAGUAGGAUGCGGUCAAUAUUUAACCAUAUCUGGUAGUGAAACAUUUUCCAUCUAGUAUACAAUCUGUCACAUGUGUCUGCAGGGGUAACAUUCGAGCUAUUAAGAGCAAUUUUUGUCAAAAUGUCAAGGUCACUGCAUACAUAAUAAUAUCAGAAUUAUACAUGUAUAUUGCUGUGAACUAAGUCCAUGUACUUACAUAGGAGUCAAUGUAACAUCGGUAUUGUGUCGCCUGUGAAUAGGACUCAAUGUAACAUCGGUAUUGUGUCGCCUGUGAAUAGAACUCAAUGUAACAUCGGUAUUGUGUCGCCUGUGAAGAAUGGCAGACACUAAGAGAUCGCAUUGUCUGUCAUCACCGACGCGUCGUCACCUUUAGUCACACUUUAGUUUUCCAGACUUUUUUCUUUACCGAUUACCGCAUUGAUUUGUAAUUAAGUAUGUAUUCUUAUGAUAUAUCACAGCUUGAGUUUGAGUUUGAACACCAUGGACCUGUUCGCUUAUGGGGACAAAUCUGUUCGUCUGUUUUUAAAUGUAAUAUUUCAGGCAUAUAUCUUGACAGACCUGCAGAUAUUAAUGCAGGCUUUGAAAGUGUUUGUCAAAGCUUGUCUGAAAGCAACAAAAAAUCACCAUUAUUUCAUAUUAAGGAACAAUUUUAGUUCAACCAGUUAAGCCGUUUUGACCGCGAUAAACAAAAAUGACCCAUAUCAAUAUUCCAUUUUUUGCUGAAGUUAAGGCUCUUUCCACAGAGGAAAUUCUCAUAAUUAAUAUUUUAUUUUUAACCAACUGCUUGCCAUGAUAUUUUCAAACUUUAAAUUUGACUUGCUCAUAAUAGAUUUAGCAGAUGUUUAACUCAAUCAACCAACCAGCUGGCAUCAGAAAACAUGAUACUUCUGUGGAAUUCUAGUAUUUUGAUGACUCUUACAGCGAUCAAACCCAGGACCAUUGGUGCUACUGUCCUGACACUUCUGACUGAGCUAAGGAGAAAUUGUUGGAACUGAAUCAGUAGGAAAUAGACAAGGCUGUCGCAUGCAUUUGAGAUAAAUGAACCAGCAGUAAGAUCUGGUAUGGAAAUUGUUUCUAAUUCAUAGCAGCCAAAAUUUGUCACAGUUUUGCUUUUAUGUACAUUUGUACUAAUUAAUUAUCUCUGUUAUAAAAUAAUUCACAGGUGACGUGAUGCUCUGGUAUAUUAAAGGCAUAUCUACCCUUUCAGCAAAAAUGAUAUGUGGGUUACAUGUCUACAUGUACAGAAUUCAGGGCUAAAACGUCACCCAAAGCUUUGUUUUGAUGGAAAUGAUACUGACAAUAUUUCAAUGAAAUAGAAGAGAUACUUUUAUGUUACUGUUUAUGGAUAUGGGUUGAAUUAAUUGGAUUUUGUCAAAAAUAAUUGCAUAAAAAAAUGCACAAAAAAAAAAAAAAAUGAAAUGAUUUCAUUUAAUAGUAAUUGGGAAGUUAUUUAGAAGGUAUCAAAGGGGAAAAUAGCAGUAGUCAAAAUGGCCUAGAUAAAUCCUAGGUUGUGUAUUGAGAAUGUUUGAUGUAUUUGGUGCGUUGACCAUUGACUCUUGAGUUUAAUUGUUGAUAAUUCUUACUUCUUUGUCCAUAUUUACUUCAUGUGAAUACAGAUACAAUGUAUGCAGCUAUUUAAAAAAAUAUUCUGUUGAAAAAUUCCAAACUCCUCCAUAUCAGGUUACCAUUCCUUCUCACUAUGAUAUACCAAAUUACUGCAGCUACCACAUACACUAACAGAUUACUGAUAUCUAAGCAAAUACUUACUAUAAUAGGUAGAUUUAGAUCACAGGCAUCUGCUUCUGGUUAAUAUUUAAAUUCUACUCUUAAUUAGUAGGUGUAGGGGCUAAUAUUUUUCUUCUGAAAAUACUAACCCAAAGCAAACACCUGUGAUUUAGAUAGAACUUCAUAGAGAUUAAAAACAAUAAAAAUGUAAAUUAUAAUUAUUGUACAUUUGUUUAUACAGUGUAAUUAUUCUUUAGAAAAUGUGUAAAUAAUAUAUGUAUAUACCAGUACAAGAACAUUUAUAUGUAUAUAUACAUAUUUUAUGCUUCGUUACUUUAUAUAGAAUGCAUAUAUUCCAAGCAAUAGCAUGAACAGAUUGGGGCAUUUUAUAUAUUUUGCUUUGAUCACAAAUAGUAUACUAAGUCUAUGUACCCUGUAGAUACUGUGUUCAUGGUUAACAGAUAUGGGACCAAUCUAGUCUUUAUUUUAUCAAUGUAAAAACGGACAUCUUAGGAGCAAAAGAAUUUUUUUAUUCAUGAGGAUUACCAAUAUGUUACUUGAUUAUGGUGACAGUGAUCAUAAUAACAAUAAUGUAUUACAUGUAUCAAGAUAUACCAGGGAAAUACAUUGUAUAUGGACCAAGGAUUGUUAAAUAGUCAUCCAGAAGUGUUCACAAUUUUAAGGACAUCACAAUGUUCCUGGUCAAGGUAAGAUUGUAUAAAUAUAGGUUACACAAUGAGUGGUUGUUCGAUAUGGAAUUUAUUUCACUCGAAAGUAAGUUUUUUUUUUAAAGUUACCAGAAUGUUAUAUUCCACUAGUGGGAUAUGACAUUUAUUUAAAAGUCAGCACAUUUAUACAAUGACCCGAGAGCAUAUUGUGGUAGAAAGGGAUAUUAUAUAAUAGUAAGUUCAUAUAUUUAAUAACAGAUAUCAGAGAUGAUGAUUCAAGAUUUGAAACUUGUGUAAAUUAAGAUAAUGGUACAAAUAUCAACUUUUUAUAAACUGAUCUGAUACAGGUACUGUCUGCAGUCUGUAACUGAAUUCCUGGAUGGCAAAUAAAUAGAGUUGAUAGCAUAAUUAUGAGAAACAGGUAUGUUAUAGCAAUGCUUUGUCGACUGCCACACAGCCUUUAUGUGGAUGGUUAAAAGAAAAAACAAAAAACAAAAACUACAUGGAUGAUAGAUUUGUGGUAUACAUGUAUUUUGCUGCAUGACCUUUUAAAUAGGAUGUUUGCAUGGUGCUAAGGACAAAAUACACGGAGUUGAGCAAACUGAAGGCAGAGGUAGUUUUUUCUAUAAUACGUUAAUGUAUAAGAUCUAGCAUCAGACAUUUUAUGAAUCUCAUUUUUUUUUAUCGUAUGAUGAUAUCUAGUCUCGCCACCAUUGUGUAAUAAAGUACCCAGGUAAGAUGGUGAUCAUGACCUGUUUUUUUUUUGUUUUUUUUUUCAAAGUAAAUAUUUUGUCUCAAAUUUUGUAUUUGUUUUAAAAAGCAUAAUGUUUAAGAAUUAUUUUAUUGCUAUAUGACCUAUCAUGACCAUUGUGUAUAACAUUUUGUGAAUAUCAGUACAUUCUGCAGCAAGAAUUCAAAAAUCACUUGAAACAGUAUUACUGGAUAUCUUGUUAUUUUUUAAGGUCAAUUUUUACAGAAAAUUAUAAUAUUUCAUAAGGGGUCCGAGAUUAAAAUUUUAUGAUCUGUGUUGUAGUGUUACCAACAUAUUAGCUAAAAAUCACUGCAAAAUUCUCUAUGUGUAAGGUACUGCAGGAAUGUUUGUGUUUUAUACUGUACCAGCAUACCAUAAUAUAAGUUCCUGUCAUAAUGACUGUGUAUGGUGAGGACUUAUUAUAUACAUUUUUUUAUAUGAUAUAUACUCACACAAAGGACAACACACAUGACAUGUCAGUACCAGAACCAAGUUUUUAUUAUGAGAUGGUGCAUCUAAUUGAAAAUUUUAAAUAAUGUGUUCAGAUUCAAAAAAAUAUUUUGGUAUUUUGCAUUAAGUGUCAGUGUUGGCUCACUUAAAAUAACAAUUGUCCUCUCUGCAUGUGGUGUAUUUAUUUCAGACCAGUGAUGAGAAGCUCUUACUAUAAAAUCAUAUUAAGAUUUUGUAAGAGGACUCUAGGCAGAUAUCAUUAGACUUCCUUUUAAUGUGUAUACGUGUAAUAUACAUUGUAUAUUAAUUAUAUGUAACAAAGGUUCCUCUCAUAAUGCCAUAUAAACAUAUGUACAUACCAGAUAGGGGUGUAACUAUGUAGCAUUGUUGUUUUCCUAGAAUUCUGUUCAUUUUCUCCAGCCAUAUCAUUAUAUCAUGGAUCCCAAUGCCACAAUGAUAAAUUAUUUGAUAUCAUUUUAAGUGCUGCUAUUGUCAGUUGACAAAGUGUGAAUGAUUCAUUAUAUAAUUCACCAAUGUCUGCCAACACAUGAACUGUCAAUAAUUGAAUAAAUAAAUAAAUCCUU